AUGAGAAAGACAUUGCUUCUUGUUUUUAUCCACGGCUUCCAGGGAGAUGACGAUACCUUCGGAAAAUUUCCGGAGCACGUACGUGCACUCCUCGGUCGUGCGCUUCCUGCUAUAACCGUCGCUACAGCUGUGUAUCCUAAGUACCAGACCAGAGGAGAGCUGAAAGAAUGUGUGGGCCAAUUUCGAGAAUGGUUACAGAACCAAGUCAUCGAUCUGGAAGUUGCCAACCGAACAGCCUCGCCUACCGUUGAUCCUUCAGUUCAUGUCUUCCUAGUUGGGCACUCGAUGGGGGGCAUUGUCGCCGGAGAAACGCUUCUUCUUCUGGCUUCGGAGCAGCCAAUCCCUGCCAAAACCUCUUCCGCAGACUCGCAAACCGUCGCCAACUCACAAAUCCUCGAAUCUCGCUCAUUCAUGUUUCCUCAUAUUCAAGGAGUGCUUGCAUUCGACACGCCGUUCUUGGGAAUUGCCCCGGGAGUUGUUUCAUACGGUGCAGAAGGACAGUACAAGAAUGCUACGACUGCGUAUACUGCGAUCACGGAAGUAGCAGGCUUGUUUGGUUUUGGGGACAACAGUGGCUCAUCUACCAAGGCAGCAAGCGCUAAUCAGGGGGCCACAAGCAAUAAAUCCUUGCCUCCACAGCAGGCUAGUGCUGCCACUCCGUCUUCAGAUGCUGCGGCGACACCAUCUUGGCAGCGGUGGGGUCGGUAUGCUAUGUUUGCAGGGGCCGCAGGGGCUGUGGCUGCGGGAGGAGCGGCUGCAAUGUAUUCCCAACGCCAGCGCUUGACUGAUGGAUGGGGUUGGGUUUCAUCUCAUCUUGCAUUUGUUGGGUGCUUGGCUCGUCCCUCAGAUCUUCGUCACCGCAUAUCACUCUUGUCCGAGGUACAGAGGGAGCGCGGAAUCGGCUGCACCAAUUUCUUUACAGCCUUGGGCAAAAACGCAACCUCGCUGGUAGAGACCUCGAGCCAAGGAAAAACAUCACUGAGUCAAAGAAUCAUUCGCUCGAAAUACCGUACGUUCUGCACCCUCCCUCCUGAAGUGGAAAACGAAGAUGCCGCGUACGACCCGAAAGCAGGACUCGGAUGGGUCAAAGCUGUGAAUGAUAAGGCAGCAGACGAAAUUAAGGCGCACGUUAGCAUGUUUUUACCAAAGGAAAACCCUGCUUUUUAUGAACUGGUCAAUGAAGCGUGCAAGAUCGUGGCGGAGUCGAUCGACCAGGGAUGGUAUUCGACCGCGACGGGGCCUGUAGAGGAAGUCGAUGGCGACCUGCCGCGGACCGAGACCGCCGGGACCCCUGCCAACCAUGAUAGUGGCUUCAUGGAUGGUGAAGAUGUCGUAAUUGUGGAAUAA